AUGGUUGAAAAUAUUCGACGAGCCUACCGGACAGCCUUCGAGACAUCAAGCUGGGUCACAGGUGGUGUACGACAAGCGGCCGUCCAGAAACUCGCAAACAUGAAGUACUACGUGGGAAGUCCUGGACAGCGGCUAGACCCCGCCGCCAUUGAGAAGUAUUACGGUCAGCAGGUAGUUGGUCACGAGGUUAUGCAUGGUUACGACGUAAAAGGGACCAUGUACGACGCUUCCGGGACACAGCGUCAAUGGGCAACACCUGAGUUCCUAGCGAAUUAUACAGAGAAGGCUAUCUGCUUGCGGGAAUCUCACAAAGCUGCCAAGAAAAUGAAAGCCCGGCAGGCUGUGCUUGACGACACCCUCGACUCGGAGAACCUCGCUGACUUCGCGGGCGCCGCGAUCGCGCACGCAGCCUACGCUUCGUUGCCCGCCCUGCAGCGGAAUCUGAAGCUUCCUGGCCUCAACCUGACGGCUGAGCAUCUCUUCUUCAUCGGCCACUGCGCCAAGUGGUGCGAGAACAUGUACAACCAUUCAGCACGCUAUGCCCCUGGCCGCUCCCGCUGCAUUGUGCCACUGUUGAACAUGGUCGAGUUCUCGGACGCGUUCGGGUGUGCGCCAGGGACUCCCAUGAAUCCGGCCAAGAAGUGCGUCUUCUGGUAGUGACCGCGAUUCGUGGGCCUUGCGUAGUUUUCCGUUCGACCUCCAUUGGGCCUUUAUUGUCAAUGACAUUGGUGCUUAAGUUUUUGGUGAGAACAAUCCAAGUAGGGCCGUAGAAGAGACUUUCCUUGCGUCUCUGUUGUGUCGUAUUGAAGCCUAAUAUAUGUGUGCGAUCGUAAUGUCCGUGGUAAUUAAUUAUCGCUACGUGCAUCAGUGAAAUCGUUGUUUGAAACAGAACACGCUUGUUGCACUAGGUAUAAUUCUUGAACAGAAUCUUUAUUGGCUAACCACUAUACAGCAAAAUUGGUUGAAUGCAUGAAUUUCAAUAGCAGCUAGUUCUUCCUUUGCUUACGCUUUAGCUCCAACUCAGUGUUGCUGCAUUUACACUUACCAUGGAUACUGUAUGUGAUACCCCAUAUUUCUUUGUCAUUAUUAGAAUGUGCACUAUUGAAUGUACCCCGUGAAGGUCUCACCAUUCGGAAUACUCAUACAGAACAUUGCUUCUGAGAAGUGCACUCUAUUGCGCUCCAGGAGAAUUACUGCAGGAUGAUGUUCCUACCAUAGACUAAGGAUACUUAUCUGCAGUGGCCUGGCCUGCUACUAUCGUGUAGAAGAGAGCUUGGCGGUUAAGCAUAUCAUACCUGGACGUUAAUUUCGGUAUUAACAGUAACGCAGUGAAAGUUAUGCGCCUAAACCACAAUGAGGCGCGCAUUUUAUACCCUGAGCUUAAAGGUAUGUAGGAAGUAGCGCUACAUAAUUGCGCAAGAACCAUUUAUCUUUUUUUGUUUACGUGUGUGCUUUAUUGUAUAAUGUAUAAUAAUGUAUAAUAUUCCCAGUCCUGCUGUAGCCCUGCAUCGGACUUCAGUAUAUGCAACAAAAUAAAUAAAAAACAGC